AACAAAGAAUACGCGCUUUAAAUUUUGAUAAAAAUGAAUUGAUUCAUAGAGUUGAAGAACUUGUGAAUGAAAAGGAUCGACUUGAAAAGGAUCGACUUGAAACAGAUAAUAAUCAGAUUCAUGCAGCAAAUGAGAAUCUAACGCAAUUGAAUGAUGUGUUAAAAAUU